CUCUUUAGCUUGAAUGCCAAGCAUCACGUCUGGAGGAAAACUGGCACCAUCCCAAAGGUGAGGAAUUGUGGUGGCAGCAUCAUGCUGUGGGGAUGUUUUUCAGCGGCAGGGACUGGGAGACUAGUCAGGAUCGAGGGAAAGAUGAACGGAGCAAAGUACAGAGAUAUCCUUGAUGAAAACCUGCUCCAUACUGGGGUGAAUGUUCACCUUCCAACAGGACAAUGACCCUAAGCACACAGCCAAGACAACACAGGAGUGGCUUCGGGACAAGUCUCUGAAUGUCCUUGAGUGGCCCAGCCAGAGCUACCCAAACUACCCAAAUAAAAUAAAAUAGUAUUUGUCACAUGCGCCGAAUACAACAGGUACUUCCGGCGCCGACAGAGAUGGCCGCCUCGCUUCGCGUUCCUAGGAAACUAUGCAGUUUUUUGUUUUUUUACGUGUUAUUUCUUACAUUAGUACCCCAGGUCAUCUUAGGUUUCAUUACAUACAGUUGAGAAGAACUACUGAAUAUAAGAUCAGCGUCAACUCACCAUCAGUACGACCAAGAAUAUGUUUUUCGCGACGCGGAUCCUGUGUUCUGCCUUACAAACAGGACAACGGAAUGGAUCGCAUGCAGCGACCCAAAAAUACGACUCCGAAAAAGAGGGAAACGCGGCGGUCUUCUGGUCAGACUCCGGAGACGAGCACAUCUUGCACCACUCCCUAGCAUUCUUCUUGCCAAUGUCCAGUCUCUAGACAACAAGGUUGAUGAAAUCCGAGCAAGGGUAGCAUUCCAGAGGGACAUUAGAGACUGUAACGUUCUGUGCUUCACGGAAACAUGGCCAGCUGGUUUCUCCACGCAUCGCUCCGACAGAAACAAACACCUUUCUGGUAAGAAGAGGGGCGGGGGCGUAUGCCUUAUGACUAACGAGACAUGGUGUGAUGAAAGAAACAUACAGGAACUCAAAUCCUUCUGUUCACCUGAUUUAGAAUUCCUCACAAUCAAAUGUAGACCGCAUUAUCUACCAAGAGAAUUCUCUUCGAUUAUAAUCACAGCCGUAUAUAUCCCCCCCCAAGCAGACACAUCGAUGGCUCUGAACGAACUUUAUUUAACUCUUUGCAAACUGGAAACCAUUUAUCCGGAGGCUGCAUUCAUUGUAGCUGGGGAUUUUAACAAGGCUAAUCUGAAAACAAGACUCCCUAAAUUUUAUCAGCAUAUCGAUUGCGCAACCAGGGGUGGAAAAACCUUGGAUCAUUGUUACUCUAACUUCCGCGACGCAUAUAAGGCCCUGCCCCGCCCCCCUUUCGGAAAAGCUGACCACGACUCCAUUUUGCUGAUCCCUGCCUACAGACAGAAACUAAAACUAGAGGCUCCCACGCUGAGAUCUGUCCAACGCUGGUCCGACCAAGCUGACUCCACACUCCAAGACUGCUUCCAGCACGUGGACUGGAAUAUGUUUCGUAUUGCGUCAGAUAACAACAUUGACGAAUACGCUGAUUCGGUGUGCGAGUUCAUUAGAACGUGCGUUGAAGAUGACGUUCCCAUAGCAACGAUUAAAACAUUCCCUAACCAGAAACCGUGGAUUGAUGGCAGCAUUCGCGUGAAUCUGAAAGCGCGAACCACUGCUUUUAAUCAGGGCAAGGUGUCUGGUAACAUGACCGAAUACAAACAGUGCAGCUAUUCCCUCCGCAAGGCUAUCAAACAAGCUAAGCGUCAGUACAGAGACAAAGUAGAAUCUCAAUUCAACGGCUCAGACACAAGAGGCAUGUGGCAGGGUCUACAGUCAAUCACGGACUACAGGAAGAAAUCCAGCCCAGUCACGGACCAGGAUGUCUUGCUCCCAGGCAGACUAAAUAACUUUUUUGCCCGCUUUGAGGACAAUACAGUGCCACUGACACGGCCUGCAACGAAAACAUGCGGUCUCUCCUUCACUGCAGCCGAGGUGAGUAAGACAUUUAAACGUGUUAACCCUCGCAAGGCUGCAGGCCCAGACGGCAUCCCCAGCCGCGCCCUCAGAGCAUGCGCAGACCAGCUGGCCGGUGUGUUUACGGACAUAUUCAAUCAAUCCCUAUACCAGUCUGCUGUUCCCACAUGCUUCAAGAGGGCCACCAUUGUUCCUGUUCCCAAGAAAGCUAAGGUCCACAGACGAUGCAAUCUCAACCACACUGCACACUGCCCUAACCCAUCUGGACAAGAGGAAUAA